AUGAUUGCCAUCUAUCUCAAGGGAAUGUGGCCAUCACUUUCCCAUAUGAUGUCUGCGCCCCUAUGUUUGUCUGUGAUUCUUGGUAGCGCCAAACCAUUUUUUGCUUUUUAUCUUAUUUCAUUCUUCUUACUUUUUAUUUCUCUCAUCCUUAAAUUCUUUCUUUUCUUGCUUCUCCUCUUAAUCUUUAAUCGAUCACCCUUAAUCUUUGUUGUCCUUCCUACACUUCUUCUUCUUCUUCUUCUUCUUCUUCUUCUUCUUCUUCUUCUUCUUCUUCUUCUUCUUCUCAACAUUUUAUCAUUUUUUCCUUCGAUUUAUUUUUCUUCUUUUAUCGUAUCAUUUUUAUCAUUCUUUUUCUUCAUUUCUUUCAACACUUUUGCCAUUUUUCUUUCUUUGAUCUACGUCUCUCUUCAUUCUUUCUCUCUUCUUCUUUCUUUCUUUAUUCUAUUUGUUAUAUCUUUCUUUCUACUUUGCUUACUUCUAUUUCUUUCUUCUACUACUUUCUUCUACUUCCUUAUUAAUUUUUUCCCAUUACCUCGGCUAAAAGUGAAAGCAUUACUGGUGGAUAAUCCUUCCUUGGCUAUCUCUCCCAACACGCACGCACUCUCUCUCUCUCUCUCUCUCUCUCUCUCUCUCUCUCUCUCUCUCUCUAGCACGUUUGCUUGCAGAGAUCCAGCAUUGUGA